AACAUUCCGCAGUAGACUGACGAGGUGCAUUCUGUGAGUUCAGUCAAGCAUCUCACAACAAAUCUACCCCAGUGCAGUAGCUUAUCAACCUCAGCCAACUAUCGCAAGGUCGCAUCUUCAAUCGAACGCGUACAUCAGUCGGCUUGCUAAUCGAAACUGGAACACAUCUCCCAUUCGAACGAUCGAGCAAUGGCGUACUUAUGUUCCAUAAGCUUGUGCCUGCUACUGUUCGCAUCGGCGAUGGUAAAUGGCAUAUUCCUGUCCAAUCUGAACGCCAGCUGUUUUCGCUGCAUCUGUGAAGCUUCUACCGGUUGCAGCACACCAACAACAUGCCGACAGUCGUACUGUGGUCCAUUCUCGAUAUCGCGCGCCUACUGGAUGGAUGCGGGUCGCACCGUGCUGCCCAACGAUGAACCUACCCGCUGGGGUGCAUUCGAAGACUGUGCGAACGAUUACGAGUGUGCGACGGGGAUCGUCACCCAGUACAUGGAGAAGUAUGGCACCGACUGUAAUGGCGACGGGUUGGUGGACUGCGUUGACUACACGAUGCUGCACGUCAAUGGUGGACCGCGCUGUCAUGGAGCACUCGGCGGUACGUUUGCGACCAGAUUCUACCAAUGCAUGCGACAACGUCAACUGCGCUCCUAGUGGUGGACAACUCCCGGAUUCGGAUGGUACGUACCAGUGAUCGAAUGCUGCGAAAACCCCGCUUUCACUACUGUAGCCGUAGUAUGCAUUCAUAGGUUUUGUUUUUUCUCGAUAGCUUGUAUAUAAGUGUAUAGCCGGAAACCUUAUCAGGAGAGGUCCGGUUGGUAUUUGUUUUCCUUUGCAAGCUCAACCAAUAUGUUCAAACAAAGCACAUACGAGUUCACCAUGUGCGCAAACAAAAUAUAGGGUGUAAUAUAUACUAUACUGAGGCAAUUUGAUCACGAUAGCAACGCGAUAAAUGGAAUAAAUGUUAAGUAAUUGCAAUCAAGUAA